AUGGCCGGCUUCAGGCAAGAGGAUGUUGAGCUGCACUAUGAGAUGGGAGAGGAGCUGGGCAGCGGUCAGUUUGCCAUCGUGCGCAAGUGCAAGGAAAAGAGCUCGGGCUCCGAGUACGCCGCCAAGUUCAUCAAGAAGCGCCGCCUGUCAUCCAGCCGGCGGGGCGUGAGCCGCGAGGAGAUCGAGCGCGAGGUCAACAUCCUUCGCGAGAUCCAGCACAGCAACAUCAUCACGCUGCACGACAUCUUCGAGAACAAGACUGACGUCAUCCUCAUCCUGGAGCUGGUGUCGGGAGGGGAGCUCUUCGACUUCCUCGCCGAGAAGGAGUCGCUGAGCGAGGAGGAGGCCACGCAGUUCCUUAAGCAGAUCCUGGACGGAGUGCACUAUCUGCACUCAAAACGCAUCGCGCACUUUGACCUCAAGCCGGAGAACAUCAUGUUGCUGGACAAGAAUGUUCCCAAUCCCAGGAUAAAGCUCAUCGACUUCGGCAUUGCCCAUCAGAUCAAAGCCGGCAACGAGUUCAAAAACAUCUUUGGAACCCCGGAGUUUGUUGCUCCAGAAAUAGUUAACUAUGAACCACUGGGACUGGAAGCAGACAUGUGGAGCAUUGGCGUGAUCACCUACAUCCUGUUAAGCGGCGCUUCUCCGUUCCUGGGCGAGACCAAGCAGGAAACGCUAACCAACAUCUCGGCAGUCAACUAUGACUUUGAUGAGGAAUACUUCAGCAACACCAGCGAAUUAGCCAAAGACUUUAUACGACGCCUGCUAGUCAAAGAUCCGAAGAAGAGAAUGAAUAUUGAAGACAGUCUUCAACAUCCAUGGAUUAAGGUGAUCAAGCGGCGUAACGUGCGCCAGGAGGAGCGCGACAACAAGCCAGAGCGCCGACGCCUCAAGACCACGCGCCUGAAGGAGUACACCAUCAAGUCCCACUCCAGCAUGCCGCCCAACAACACCUACGUCAACUUCGAGCGCUUCUCUCAAGUCCUGGAAGAGAUCGCGGCGGCCGAGCAAGGCCUGCGCCAGCUGGAGCGCAAUCGGCGCUCGUGCCGCGACGACGUGGCGGCGCUGCUGUCCAUCUAUGAGGAAAAGGAGGGCUGGUACAAGGAAGAGAGCCGAGGCAUCUCGAGCCAGCUCGGCGCCGUCCGCCAGGAACUGCAGCGCACGCAGGCGCAGCGCAAGAAAAGCCAGGAGGAGGCCCGCGGAGCCGCGCAGGCCGCCAACGUCCUGAAGCGCAAGUUCGGACGUCUGGAGAACCGCUACGAUGCGCUGGCAGAGCAGGUAGCACACGAGGUGCGCUGGGUGGAGGAGUUGGUACGCUCCAUCGCCGUUGACAGGGACCGGCAAGAGAGCACGCCAUGA